AAAUAAACAAAAAUUUCAUGUACAAAUCAAAGAUUUGAAAAAAGAUAAAGUACGAUCUGAAGAAUUUGAUUAUGUUAUUAUAGCUACUGGACAUUUUUCAACCCCUAAUAUACCAUACGUUGAUGGAAUUGAAACAUUUCAUGGUCGUAUAUUACAUUCUCAUGAUUUUCGUUUUGCUCAAGAUUUUAUUGAUAAGCAUGUACUACUUAUUGGUAAUGGAUUUUCAGCUGAAGAUAUUAGUUUACAAUUAUACAAAUAUGGAGCAAAAUCUAUUACACUAUCAUAUCGAACUAAGCCAAAAGAUUUCAAAUGGCCUGAUAAAAUUAAAGAAGUACCAUUAGUCGUUAAAAUUGAUAACGAAAUAGUAUAUUUUAAUGAUGGCUCGUCUGAAACAGUACAUGCAAUAAUUUUUUGUACUGGCUAUUUAUAUUAUUUUCCAUUUCUCGAUGAUAAUCUUCGUUUAAAAUUAUCAUCGAACUGUUUUUAUCCUCCGAAUUUAUAUAAAACAAUAUUUUGGUUAAAUCAACCACGUUUACUCUAUUUGGGUAUGCAACGUAUGGGACUUAGUUUUAAUAUUGGUAAUGUUUUAGCAUGGUAUGCUCGUGAUGUUAUUCUAGGAAAAGUUAUUUUACCUUCAACAAAAGAUGAAAUGAAAUCUGAUAUAGCAGAAUGGCAAAAAAAACAAAAAGGAAUUCAAAACUUUACUGAUUAUGUUAAUUUUCAACGAGAAAUUGUUUUGGAUUUAAUCAAUGCAACAGAUUAUCCACGCUUCGAUAUUCAUCGUAUGAAUCAAUUAUUAUUUGAAUGUAUGAAAACAAGAUUCGAGAAUAUGCUCACCUAUAGAGAAAAAACAUAUGCCUCAGUAUUAACUAAUACAAUGGCCAAACCACAUAAUACACCCUGGUUGAACGAAAUGGAUGAUAGAUUAGAAAAUUUUAUUCAAAAAUAA